GCCCGAUCUGGGCGGGGCUCCCGGCUGUCACCGCGAUGAGGAGGCGCCGUCGCCGCCGCCGCCGCUGGGCUGCUCCGGGGUGCGCCCCUGAGGGGGUGUGAGGAGAUCCCGGGCCCUCCUGCAGGACUGAGCCCUGGCUUGUGGCAGACAUCAUGCAAUGUGCAGAAAUAAGUGAGUCUGUUCUAUCUAGAGAAGGUUUAUUUAAGCUUCAAGUCAUCACGUCUAAACGAUGCAGGGUGCUAUUAUUGUGACUGCUGUUCUUCCCUGGGCUUUGACUAUGACUCAGGUCUCUAUCUGGCUGCUACAGAAGAAAACUGGUGUGUAAAAGACGGAAGUCCUCUCUCUGCAUAACAAGGUCCGAGCCCUGACUCUUUGAAUCUACCCCAGUUGCCGCCAGACCCCUGGACAAGAGACAGCAUGGUUUGCUAGCUAUCUGACUGAGUGCCUGGCUUUCACGAUGCCUGUGCAGGCGGCUCAGUGGACAGAGUUCCUGUCCUGCCCAAUCUGCUACAACGAAUUCGACGAGAAUGUGCACAAGCCCAUCAGCUUAGGCUGCUCACACACGGUCUGCAAGACCUGCUUGAAUAAGCUUCACCGCAAGGCCUGUCCUUUUGACCAGACAGCCAUCAACACUGACAUUGAUGUGCUUCCUGUAAACUUUGCACUUCUCCAAUUAGUUGGAGCCCAGGCACCUGAUCACCAGACCAUCAAGCUAAGCAACUUAGGAGAGAACAAACACUAUGAAGUGGCGAAGAAAUGUGUUGAAGAUCUGGCACUUUAUUUGAAGCCACUAAGUGGAGGCAAGGGCAUUGCCAGCCUGAACCAGAGCGCACUGAGCCGGCCUAUGCAACGGAAACUGGUGACACUAGUGAACUGUCAGCUGGUGGAAGAGGAAGGCCGGGUCAGGGCCAUGCGGGCAGCCCGCUCCCUUGGGGAGAGAACUGUCACUGAGCUGAUAUUGCAGCACCAGAACCCUCAGCAACUGUCUGCCAAUCUCUGGGCCGCUGUACGGGCACGAGGGUGCCAGUUCCUCGGUCCAGCUAUGCAGGAAGAAGCCUUGAAGCUGGUGCUGCUGGCCUUGGAAGACGGCUCAGCCCUCUCCAGGAAGGUCUUGGUGCUUUUUGUUGUCCAGAGGCUGGAGCCAAGAUUCCCCCAGGCAUCCAAAACCAGCAUUGGCCACGUGGUACAGCUUCUAUAUCGAGCCUCAUGCUUCAAGGUCACCAAAAGAGAUGAAGAUUCUUCCCUGAUGCAACUGAAAGAGGAAUUUCGCAGCUAUGAGGCAUUGCGUAGGGAACAUGAUGCUCAGAUUGUCCACAUUGCCAUGGAAGCCGGCCUUCGGAUAUCGCCAGAGCAGUGGUCUUCCCUACUCUAUGGAGACCUAGCGCACAAAUCCCACAUGCAAUCCAUUAUUGACAAGCUUCAGUCCCCAGAAUCCUUUGCAAAAAGUGUGCAGGAGUUGACCAUUGUUCUGCAACGUACAGGUGACCCUGCAAAUUUAAACAGGCUUCGUCCCCAUUUGGAGCUAUUGGCCAACAUAGAUCCUAAUCCAGAUGCAACAUCUCCAACAUGGGAACAACUGGAAAAUGCCAUGGUGGCUGUGAAGACAGUUGUCCAUGGCCUGGUGGACUUCAUUCAGAAUUACAGUAGGAAAGGCCAUGAAACUCCACAGCUGCAACCAAAUAGCAAAUACAAAACAAGCAUGUGCCGUGACCUGCGACAGCAAGGCGGGUGUCCGCGAGGGACCAACUGCACUUUUGCUCACUCUCAGGAAGAGCUGGAGAAGUAUCGGCUGAGGAACAAGAAGAUCAGUGCCACAGUGAGAACCUUCCCCCUGCUAGGCAAAGCCAGUGUCACGAGCGCAGUCUCCACCACGACAGGAAGCAUCAUUUCCAUCAUGGGAAGCGCGGAGAACUCUGGGAAGAUGGCACAGAGCACUAACGGCAUUGUGAGCCUGGAGAGUGGCAGCCCCCAGCUGAUCCCACGUUGCGCUGACCCCUCGUCCUUGAUGGUGUUGGAGAACGUGAAGAAAGCGGGGAAAGCUGGAGCCAAUGGACAGAACACCCCGGGCUCCUUGGCAGACCCUCUCUCUGAAAACAAAAUUGGUUCCCUUUCGAAGACUCCAGUCAGUCAGGUGGCAGCCACCUCAGCAGGUCCUCCGCCGCCACCGCCUCCUCCUCCUGUGGGCACAGAGAUGAACUCCAUCACCCCCCAAGCUGGCCCAUUUGCUGCUCGAAUGCCUGUCUACCCGCCUCACUCCGACAGCCUCCAGUAUUUUCAAGAUCCCAGAACCCACCUCUCCUAUGAACCCCAGCAGUACCCGCAAGCAGGAUACUACCCAGCACCACCGACAGUUCCAGCUGGUGUGGCCCCUUGCCUCCCUCGCUUUGUGAGGCCCAGCAAUGUCCCUGAAUCCGCCCUCCCAUCUGCUUCUGUGCCAUACGGCGACCAUUACAGCGCAUUCCCCCCUCGGGACAGAUUGAGCUCUCCUUACCAGCCGCCGCCACCACCGCAGCCCUAUGGGCCAGUCCCGUCUGGGAUGUAUGCCCCGCUCUACGACAGCCGGCGGAUCUGGCGGCCGCAGAUGUACCCAAGGGAUGACAUAAUCCGGAGCAACUCCUUGCCUCCCAUGGACGUCGUCCAUCCCACUGUCUACCAGUCCUUCCUGCGGGAGAGAUACAACUCUUUGGACAGCUACCAUUCCAUGGCCUGUCAGUUGCCGGCUGACCAGAGGACGGUGCCUUCCUUGAGGGAUCCUUGUGGCCACUUGAAACCCGCUUACGACGACCCACUGCGGAGGAAGCCAGAGCAGUGGGCCCAAUGCCACAUACCAAAAACGCCUCUCGUGUCCUCCUCCACUCUGCCUGCAGCUGCACAGUCUCCUCCUCCUCCUCCUUCCCCUCUCUUCAACGUGGACUUCAGCCGAGAAUUCUGCGAGAGUGCCAGCAGCCAGCAUAGCUCCAAGUACGAGGACGACCGCCUCUCCCAUUACUCUCCCUGGUCCUGUGGCACCAUCAGCUCCUGCAUAAGUGCCAUUGAGUCAGAGCCCAAGGACGUCAUUGCCAAUUCUGGUGCUGUGCUCCUGGAUCUGGACAGUGGGGACAUGAAGAGGCGGGUGCACCUCUUCGACACCCAGAGAAGGGCAAAGGAGGAAGACCCAAUCAUUCCGUUCAGUGAUGGGCCCAUCAUCUCCAAAUGGGGCGCCAUCUCCAGGUCGUCGCGCACGGGUUAUCACACGACAGACCCAAUUCAAGCUACUGCUUCCCAAGGAAGUGCUACAAAGCCAGUCAGCAUGUCAGAUUACACCCCUUACGUCAGCACCAUUGAUUCCAGAUGGAGCUCCUACAAUUCCGAUUCUACUUCAUCAGCGCCUUUCAGAGAACGGGACCGGUUCAUCCUUACAGAUGUGUCUGCCCCAAGAAAGCAUUCUAGCACUGGAGAUCUACUGAGCAUCGAACUGCAGCAGGCCAAAAGUAACUCGUUGCUGCUUCAGAGAGAGGCCAACGCACUUGCCACGCAGCAGAAAUGGAGCUCCUUGGCAGAAGGAAGCCCCCUCUCUUUGACCCUCCUAAGCAAUGAAAUCAACCUGAGAAACAGCGAGUCUGACUAUCUGGAGGACGGUGCAGACACAAAGCCAGACCGAGACAUUGAACUGGAACUGUCAGCCCUUGAUGCCGAUGAGCUUGGUGGGCAGGGAGAGCAAAUUGAGGAGAUUCUGAGCCUGCAGCUUGGCAUUGGCGACCAGGACGAUCAUCUGUUCAACGGGUCAGCCCUGGAGAACGGCCACCCUCUGGAGCAGCCUCCAAAAGAGCCCAGGCAGCAGGCGAGGCCCACCUUAGGUGAAGACCUUGCUAUUCUGGAGAAGCAGAAAGCAGCCCUGCCAAUGACCUGUUUCAGCCAGCCAAUGGCAUCCUCUGUGAGCGGGGUGACGUCCCUGCCCAUCACAGCUUCCUCCUCCGGAGUGGGCAGCCUCAUUCUCAAGACAGCCCACAGCCUCACAGCAGCUCACAUCAUGGCAGAAGGGAAAAGUGACUUUUUAAGGCCAGUGGCAAAUGGCAAGAUGGUUAACAGCUGAGAGGUGUUACGUUUUCAAGCUCUUGAUCAUGCUAAGGCAGCAUUUACACUAUAUGAUAUAAUGUAUAUAUUUUUUAAGAAAAUACUAUUGGGGUGAUUUGUUUCCUGUGGACUCUUUGAUACAUCAGGCCCCUCUCAACUUUGCAUUCUGGAAAAAGAAAAGAGAAAACAAACCACUUUGCUAGGCUCAGGUGUUCACGUUCCACAAGUGGUUUGUAAAAAGCUUAAGAGCAGCUUUUUAAUUUGUUUGUGGAAAUUCCAGGGCGCCUUCUGAGCCGUUCUUGUUGAGAGACAGCCUCUCUAGAUAAAUUUGCAAGUUAGUUCAUUGAAGCCAGCAGAUCCUCGGGGUGAAGUGACUCAUGGGAAUAGAACUCACUUGUUUUGCCUUGUUUUGUUUCAUGAGAGAGGAACUUGUACCUGGUUGCAGUUGCUUGUUUCUUCAGCUGUGGAACUUUGCAUGAAAUAAGCAUGUGAGAGAAAGAGAAAGAGAGAGGUGGGCUGGGGAUCCUCUUAACAUAAGACUUAAUUCAGGGUUGAUACACUUUUUCCUUUUCCUUUUCCUUUUAUCUUUGCACGACUGCAUUAUAUGCAGUAGUGUAGCACUUUGCAUAUUCCUGUCUGGCCCUCCCCCUUCAUUUCCCCUACCCCACCCCUCUUCUGAUUUAGAGCUUGGUAUUUCCACAUAUCAAGCAACUUGCCUGUGUACAAAUAAUAGAGUGCAAAAUCGAAGUGCCUGCAUCCUAGCGCUUACAUCUUCUGUCUCUUUACCUGCUCUUGAGUUGUAAGCAGAAUUGUUACAUCGACAACGGGCUUGUCCACACUGACCGUACUUUUCCGUCUAUGAGACGCCCCCUCGUCUAAUACAUGGGAAAGUACGGCACCUUCCUCUGCUCUUUCCAGGCACAAUCUCUCCGGAGUUUUCUCUGCAAAAACCCCGCUCUUUAAAGAUCAGCAAGCGCAAGGAGCAAUCUGCAGAAAACCCAAAUGGAUGUUUGCUCCAAUUCAUAUUUGAAGAACAGGCUUUCACAGGGAAAGCUUAGGGCAGAACCCCCACAAAAAGAUGCAGUUCAUUAAAGUGUAGACCUCUGCCUACAAAGAGCAGGGUAAAGCCUAAGUGUGGAUAAGGCCAAAAACCCACUGCACUUGUUCCCUGGGCUCCGAGUUGUGCAGCUCCUUCGGCCAGAUCAGUCCCCAGAGCCUCAGCAAUCAGUCGUUCCCUGCAAAAGAAACAUUUUCUGUCACAUUUGCACUGACUUGACAGCACAGUAUUGCUAUUAAUGUACUUGUCAAAUAAGAAGUGAUUAGCAGUUCUUUUGACAUUCAUUGU